GCCUUAGCUUAAUGUAGGCGAUGAUAUAUUGAGCCAUGUUUCAACAAGAGCAUUUUGGGAUUCAUAACUCAUAUAGAGAUGUAACCUGGAUAUACUUCACACUUACCUACUGGGAGUAGCUGUACCUGGAUAUACUGUGCAUAUUGAGAGUAGCUGGACAGUCCGGUGAAUGAAACGAAAGAUCUCGCCAGACAUGCUGGAGGAUGACAAUUUCUUUGACCUUAUCACAAGACUUCAAGGUCGUAGGAUGGACGAUCAACGAUGUGAAAUGAGAGAUGACCAAUAUGGGUUACCGGCGUUUUUAAAACCUAACCCUCCAGACCCUCCCUCAAAUCAUCACCCUGCAGCGAAUGGGGCAAUGGGGGGAUGAUAACCCAUUGGAAAUGAUGAGGACGGCCAACAUCAGCAAAUUUCAACAAUGAUGAAUAUGUUAGCAAACUCACAAUCAAAACGCAUGGAUGAGCAAAGGGUAAGUCUCUCUGGACUUCCUGGGUUAAGGGUCAACGAUGGCAUCAACGGCGAAGGUGUUAUCAAUCUGCAACAACCAGAUGGCGCUGCAGCUCCAUUACCAGUGGUUCUUCGACCAAGACUGGAAAAUGGUGGAAUACCAGGAAAUGAAAACAGACACUCACUCGAUGACACAUUUUUUAACGCUCUCAUGAGAUGCCAGAGCACGAGGUUAAACGACCAGCGCUCGUCCCCUCCGAUAUUCGACGCUCCGGUGCUGCCAACGCCCACUAUUCCAGACGAAGAUUUCUUUGCAUUGAUUGUUCGAAUGCAAUCGUCAAGAAUCGAGGACCAGCGCUGCCGUUUUAGUCCAGAACGGGAAUCCCCUCCUAAUGUGGACCCCGAUAAUGACGACAUAUCACAGUAAAUGUGGGACAUAUUUUGGUGCCCACUGUGGCACUAAGCUGAAUUUGGUUGUUGUAAAUCUGUUCCGUGGCAUUUUUGUGAUGCCUUGCAAUGUUUUUUACUCAAUGACAUCAGAUAUGUGCCAUGCCACUUGGCAUGCCGCACCUCUCACCUUGCUGUGUUUUAGAUAGUGGCAUUACAUGAGAACCAUGGCGCCUACCAAGCGGCAUCGAAUAGCCACCAUUGCUUUGUUCAUUGUGUUUUUAAACAAUGACGUUUAAAAUUGUGGCAUCUACUGUGUGGAAUCUAAACAAACCAUGCCACCUACUAGCGUGGCAUGAAGAGGAUUAUUUUCAUUGGAAAGACGCUCACUGCCCUGAGACUUUGGAGACACUGAGGCAUUCAAUAAUGCCUCGAAAUGAAUUUGAUGCCCCGUUUGAAUGCCAUGCUGCCAUAGUAAAUAUCAUCCAACUAUGGGUUUAGGGAUUGACCUCCCAUUUUCUUUGUCAUGGUUAAGAUGCCGCUAACUUCCUGUGCCACCAUUGAAGAUGUUUUUGCUGCCAUGUAGUAAUUUUAUUUCUAAUUAUGUCACGCUUAAGCUAACAUUGUGCAGUUGUAGAAAUGAAAUAUUAAUUAUGCAUCAUAAAUACAGUGCUUGAAAUAAGC